CUUCAACAAGUCAAGGUGACUAUCGUUCGAUAUGUCUGCUCAUGUUACAUUCGCCGCCGCUUCUCUGCCUACGAUGGUAAUCACUGAUACGUCGCCAGCGAGGCAGUGAGCCUGAACCCUAGGUCCUAGUCCUACCGGACGUGACUUUCAGAUGUAGCUUGACUCUGUUGAAUCCUACCCUCCCCUCUCGGCGCGAUGGGAUGGAUCAUCUUGGCGUGGUUGCCCUCGAAGCCUAAUUUCGACCAUGGAUACCGUUACGUUGGGGGCCUUGGGGGCCGAGUUGGCCCAAGAGGUUUGGUGCCGUGGUUCAGUAAGAUUAUUAUUAUUAAUCUUACACCGCAAAGGCUUAUGCCUCGCUCAGCUAGAGCAAGCGGUCCCUCCUCGUUGCUUUACAUGCAAUGCAUCCUCUCACGUGCUGCGCCUUCACAGCGUAAGCGCUGUGUAGGCGUUCCCUGUAUACCCUCAUAUCCAACCGUCCGGAACUCAUCCUUCCGGCUUGGUGACGACGGUGCUGUGGGUGGCCAUCCCGGCCUUGUGCGUCACUCUAGCGCGCAGCGUGGGCUGUGCGCCGAUGGCUUUGGCUCAGCGCUAGAGCCCUAUGCGUCUCCCCCUCCUCCUCCUCCUGUUGGCCUCUCCUAGGUCCUCCGUCUCCCUGUCUGGCCCUGGUCGGCUGCCUCCUUGUAGCGACGUGGGCGCUGCGCGUCUGCGCGUUCCAUUUGUGCCUCACGGCGGGCCUUCCAUUCUUCGAUAGUCGUCACAUCCGCGUCUAGUUC